AUGGCCACCUCACUCCCCAGCUACCCGCCUCUUAACGAGCGACCUCUCAAAACCACAAUCUGCCUCUUUGACGUUGACGGCACCCUCACUCCCGCCCGUCUCGCUGCCUCUCCCGAGAUCCUCGACCUCCUCGCCCGCCUCCGUCAAAAGUGUGCCAUUGGCUUCGUCGGCGGCUCCGACUACUCCAAGCAGCAGGAGCAGCUCGGUAAUGCCUCUACGCCCGUCACCACCCUCUUCGACUUCUGCUUCUCCGAGAACGGCCUGACGGCCUUCAAGCUCGGCCAGCCCCUUGCCUCGAACAGCUUCAUCAAAUUCAUCGGCGAGGACCAGUACAAGGAGCUCGUCCGCUUCGCUCUGCACCACAUCGCCGACCUCGACAUCCCCAUCAAGCGCGGCACCUUCAUCGAGUUCCGCAACGGCAUGAUCAACAUCUCCCCCAUCGGCCGCAACGCCUCCACCACCGAACGCAAGGCUUUCGAGGAGUAUGAUAAGAUCCACAAUGUCCGCCGCGACUUCGUCGCCAAGCUGCGCGAGCGCUUCGGCCACCUCGGCCUGACCUUUUCCAUCGGCGGCCAGAUCUCCUUUGACGUCUUCCCCACGGGCUGGGACAAGACGUACUGCCUGAAGCACCUCGAGAACGAAGCCAAGAAGGAGGGCGGCAUCAAAUACGACCAAAUCCACUUCUUUGGCGACAAGACGGCCGAGGGCGGCAAUGACUACGAGAUCUAUGUUGAUGAGCGUACCAUUGGACACUCUGUUACGGGCCCGGAGGACACCAUGCGCAUCCUCAAGGAGACCUUUGACUUGUGA